GACAAAGCUGCCUGUUUCUGAAGCGCCUGACCAUUGACCCGGGAUUCACGAUCCAAACGCGACUCUGGGUUUAAUGAAUAAUGAUUAAUAGCUGAAUCAGUCGUGAAACCGAAGGUCACGUCAACUGGGGCUCACGAAGACCCCGCCCCUUCAUUUGGAACUCGGAAGUCACUCCAUUCGACACCGGAAUUUAUCGGAACCGGGGCUGAUUUGGCCAGUGUCGCCAUCGUGUCCGGAUUGUUUGUUUUUUCUUUUUCUUUUUAAUUCCUACGCGUCUGGGACUCAUGUGUGACAUGCUUUUAUUUUGAAGGCGCACUUCCGCUUCUUCUCCGGCCGUGAUUUCGCUCCGCUGCGACCCUCCCCCCCCCACCCGCAUAAAGAGGCACCUUGUCUCGGUGAGGGCUGUUGGCAGCACGGACCCAGCCCGUCUCACUGCACCGAAGCGGGCCACGCGGCCCCGGAUGGAUGGUUCCGGGGCGCCGGUGAUUCCUCACGCGACGGUGGGUGGAUGCCGCUGAGGAGGCGCGCGCUCUCUUCUCAAGCGACCUUCGCGGGUUGGGGCUCCCUGCCGUCGGCUGCCGUGCACCCGCGUCCUCCUCGGGUCUGAGCGCAGGAAGAUGUCGCUGCGCUGCUGGCGCGGGAAGCUGUCCGCGUGGGCGGCCCUGGCGCUGCUGGUCCUCUGCUGGUUCUACGUCUUCCCCUUCUACAAACUCCCUCGAGACAAGGACGUGGUGGAGGAGGUGCUGCGCCAGCGGGGCGACUGGAAGAAGAACGCGAGCGCCAUCGGUCUCUACAGGAAGCUGCUGACGGAAUGCUGCGACCCCAAGAGGAUGUUUGCCGUCACCAGGGAGAACUCGCCGCUGGGCAAGGUUCUGUGGUACGACGGCGAGUUCUACUACUCGCACACCGUGGACAACCAGACCUACUCCCUGUUUGUCAAGAACAACCCUCUGCAGCUGCCCCUGAAGAAAUGUGCGGUGGUGGGUAACGGAGGCAUCCUGAGGCACAGCAAGUGUGGGCGGGACAUUGACCAGGCCGACUUUGUCAUGCGAUGCAACCUCCCGCCACUGUCGGCGGAAUACGUGGAGGACGUGGGAACCAAAAGCAACCUGGUGACCGCCAACCCCAGCAUCAUCGAGAAGAGGUUCCAAAGCCUCCUGUGGUCCAGAAAGCCCUUUGUGGACUACAUGAAGGCGUACGGCUCCAGCUACGUCUACAUGCCGGCCUUCUCCAUGAGGCCCGGCACUGAGCCCUCCCUGCGCGCCGCCUACACCCUGGCAGACUCCGCCUCCAACCUCACCAUGCUGUUUGCAAAUCCCGACUUCCUGUAUUCAGUGGGGAGGUUUUGGAAGUCCCGCGGCGUGCACGCCAAGCGCCUCUCCACGGGUCUCUUCCUGGUCAGCCUGGCGCUGGGACUCUGUGAGGAAGUCACGGUCUACGGCUUCUGGCCGUUCUCGGUGGACCUGCGGCAGAUGCCCAUCAGCCACCACUACUAUGACAACAUCCUGCCCUACAAGUGGUUCCAUGCCAUGCCGGAGGAGUUUGUCAAGCUUUGGCAGCUACACAAGAGCGGCGCGCUCCGUGUUCGGGUGGGCCAGUGCCUCCACCCCGAGGCAGGGAACUAGACAGGAUGAGGGCGGGGCUUUGUCCCAGCAGCCCCCGGAGCUCCGUCUUUUCUCUGGACCUGCUUCCAACCUGGCUCCCCUGUUACGCGUUAGCAUGAGACCGUCCCGCAGCAGAAGUGAAAUAUUUCUGCCUCCUCGACCCCUGGACGUCUGGCUGGCAAACCUCCAGGGGCUAAUGAAAGUGUUGGGUGGGGGAGGGCUGUGCUCCGUCUCUGGCAGAUGGAGUCAUGGUUGGACACGGACCAGAGAAAGAGGGAGGAUAAUGAAAUGUUGUCGGAGACUAGCUGCCGAUAAAAGCCACCCCGCCCCCCGCCGCCGCCGCCAUGCUGGUGCCAUCUGCUGGAACCGUGACGUCCUCUGAAUGUUGGGCCCAGUCGCCUGGCGUGGCGCCCUUGAGACGAAAAGGGAAAAGAAAAUCAUCAAGUUUACAUGCGUUUGUUUCUGGAAUAUUCUUUGCACUUCACCAGGCUGCGUCCUCCAUCCUGGGCCUGUCCAGUGAGACGGAAGCCAACAUUGAGCUCUUGAAAAUGACAUGUCUGUUUGACCCAGAUAGUGUUGAUGUCUUGCCAAUUGGAUCCUCCGCAAUAGAAGAGCGAACCCCAGGGGGCGCUGGCUCAGCCCUGUGCUCUCCAUGGGUGGGAUCAAGAACCUGCACCAACGCCGUGAGCCAAGAGACACACGUUUUCACUUUGAUCUCCCUGGAUUCAGUGGUGAAGUAUCAACACCUCAGCCAGCUCUGAUUCCCUCUCACGCAAAGGUUGAACGAGGGCAACGCCUGCGGCUCAGGCAGCGUUGUUGGAUGUUGAAGGUCAUCCAGGUUGGUGGGUCGCGGCGGAACAUAGAGGUGACCCUGCUGGAGGAGAGGCGCUGACUGGGCCACUUUUUCAUGUGAAGUAUGUGGAUGGGGCGGGUCUCCAUUUUGUUGUUAAUGAAGUUACGCCAAUCUCCUGGCAGGAAGUGAAUAGAGGAGCGUCUAUUGUCCUAUAAAAAGGGAGCCACUCUUUGACGCUGCAAAACUGUAACAGCAUCAAGGUUCAUGGUCUUCUUGGCGUCACUGGAGCCUUCAAGGUGCUGCGUCUGCACAUUUGAACUUCAACCCUCAUACUGCAAACGUUUGUCUGCCCUGCCCAUUACAGGGUUUGGGAUGUUUCUCCUCUCUCAUUUGGAAUGUGAGUUAUGAGCCGCCUCAGAAGCACCUUCAGACUGGUGACUCACGGUCAGGAGGAACGUCCUGCUCAUGUGCGAUAGGACGGUACGGUUUGGAAGGAUCCCCCGAUGUUGCACGAGCUUUCAUUUAGGAUUGGCCAUCAGGUGACCUGCGAGCCAGACUCGCACUUUAGCUUCAUCCUGAUGGACUUCUCCUCUUCGUAUCUGCAGCUGCUACGAGCUCACAACAAACAGAAGCUUCUGCGCGAGCGGCUCACGCCGUCAGCAGACAUGGAGGUGGACUCUGUGAUUUUAGCUCCCACCCAAGUCUGGUGUUCCGCUCUAAACGGCGGUCGCCUCACCGCGUCCAGCUUUCCUCCACGUGUUAACAUUGAUGCUAAAGAGCAGCCGCCGGUGACAUUGGCAGCUAGAAGAGCUCCGAGUCUGUCCUUUGACUUUGGGUCACUCCGUGUCAUCGGACUCAUUCUGCUGCUCUGCCUCGUCUCGCAUGCAGAUACCGGCAUGUGGCUUCCUGAAACCAGCCAUCGCAUUUGUGGGAAGCAGGACGAGGCAGAGCGGCGGCUCAUGUGACUCCAGCACGCUGUCGUGAAGGGCAGCCGAGGACUUGUGCAUGGACACAGCAUGGCGGGACUUUCCACUCAGGCUGCUAUCUUCUGGUACUGUGCCUUCAGCUGUACUGAGGCAAACAAGCGUUUGGUUUUGGAUGAGAAGUGAAUGGAAAGUGUGUUCUGGGACGAGACGGUUGUGUUGUUUUUCUCCUCCAUUGUCGGGACUGACUGACUUGAAAGUGCAUGGCUGCGCCGCUCCCCGGCAGUUGGCGCGCUACUUUGGUUUCAGCAGAACGUGAAACUCUCUUUGCACUGUGGGACUCUCGGAGGCCAAUUUCCCCAAACCCGUCAGGUCUUAAUAAAUUGCUGCGUAAAAUGUGAAGUGCGUCUUUUUUGCCGCGCACUCGUGGUCACGUGGUUCUCAAAAAAGGCCUUCAACUCUUGUUUUCAUGUCUCUGUCGCCCCCGAGACCUGGGGUGGGCAAAGUGCGGCCCGGGGCCACACGAGGUCGCAGCAUGAUUUGAAUUCCAAAUAAAGCUAUUUAUGUUUA